AUGGGCAAGACGCAGUUCCUGCGCCGCGUGGCGGAGGAGGCGCGCCUGCGGGCGCCGCGCAGCUGGACGGUGCUCGUGCAGGCGCUGGCGCACGCCGCCAUGCUGCAGCGAUGGCCCGCGCCCGCAGUCUUCCUUGCCCUGUUUACUGGGGAUGAGAAGAACGAGCGGGCGGCGGUGGUUGCAGAGCUGAGCGCGGCGCACGUGGCGGAGCUGCUGGCGGCGGCGGCGGGCGUGGCGGCGGGCGCGGAGGGCGAGGUGGGGCGGCGCUGUCUGGAGGCCGCGCUCAGCCGCUCGGGCGCGCUGCACGUGCUGGUGGACGGCGUGGACGAGGUGUGCCCGGCCUACAAGGACAAGCUCCUGCGCUGCCUGCGGCUGCUGCAGGCGUCACGCGCCGCCCUCGUCUGGGUGGCCACGCGCCCCGAGGUGGAGGCGGAGCUGAGCGAGGCGCUGGGCUGCCACCCGUGCACGCUGCGGCCGCUGUCCAAGGAGCAGCAGGAGGCGUUUCUGUGCUCGCACUGGGCGGCGGCGGCGGCGGCGGGCGGCGUCGCGCCCUCCGCCUUCCAGGCGCUGGCGGCCGAGCUCACCGACGCCCUGCACGGCGCCCUCGGCCGCCACCCGCAGCGCUGCCUGCUCGACGAAGCCGCACUCGCGGCGCUUCGUGCCGGGGGCGGGCUACUCACCAAUCAGAAUAUCUCCCUCCACGACCUGUACCGGCGCUUCGUUCAGACCAAGAGGCACCUGUUCAAGGAGCGAUACGGGCUCAAUGACUCCAAGUUUCAAAUACUUGCCAUACCGGACGUUUUCGAUGACAUCCACAACAACUGCGCCAUGUUUGUUCUGAUCUCCGAUGGCAUGUACGCGGAGGUGGACGUGCAGCCGUUCCGGGACUUCGUGAGGCGCCACGAGGAGCUGAUCGCGCGCGACAAGAACGGGCUGCUGUGGGUGCACGACGACGGCAGCCCGCACUUCGCGCACUACACACUGGUGGACUUCUUCGCGGCGCGGUGGCUGGUGGGCGAGCGCGGGCCCGUGGCGCGCGCCGUGUGGCGCUGCCUGGCGGAGGGCCGCGGCGGCGCGCGGGGGCUGCUGCGGGAUGUCGGCGCGGGGCAGAGCAUAGUGGGAGGCGGUGAGUGGAUCGCGUGGCAGGCGAAGUGUGCGAAGGAGCGCGUGUCCGCAGUGUCAGUGCGUGGCAGGAGCAUAGUGGGAGGCUGUGAGUGGACGCGUGGCCAGAGCAACGUGUGA